GCAUCACUCAACACAUGUACCACAAUUAACAAAACAGCACACAUACCAUGCAUCAAAGAGAUCAUCAUGUGGCAGCAAGGUAGAUUAUUUCUAUCACCCAAGCGCCAAAAAUGCAUUGCAAGUUUUAAUGUUCAAUUCAGCGCUGCUCAUUGUCCAACCCAUCACUCAAUAUCUGCAAACCUCCCAUCACCUCCAGGAUAUCUAACCAUCCCUACUAACAUACAGGCGAAAGAAGAUCCCGUUCUCAUUUUUUUCAUCAACCCCCACCCGUGGUGCAACAUGCCAAACUUUUUAUAUUAGAAGUUCCUUUCUCUCUCGCGUCACUGAUGCAUGGUUCUUCUAAUGCAAACAAAGCCAAAGGGGUGGAUGCAAAAUGAAGUGGUAGAAAAGGUGCUUAUUCCUUGUCUUCAAUGCUGGCGGCUUUGAGAUCGUCGGCGACAUCUGCGUCGGCCUCUUUCUCAAGUUCAAUUUCGUUUGCCACGGAGCCACCCUCGUCGACGGAAGCGGUUGCCUUGGUCUCGCCGUUGGCGUGCGGUGCGGGUGGGAUGCUUCCGUUGGCGGCAGCGGCUUCUUCAGCAUCCAGUCGCUCGACUUCCUUUUGGGCCUUUUCGAUGUUCUGUUCUGUAUUAGCUAUAAUGUCCAGAAAUGAUGAUCAAUACGGGAGAACUUACUCGCUUAGUUUGGGCCUCUUGGUCAGACUUCCAGAAAUCGAGCUUCUCCUUAGCGGCUGCCAAAGCUUUCGGGACUUCAGCAGCAGUCAUCGGAGGCUCAAUCUUGAGAGCGACGCAAUCUUCGAGGACAGAAGGUGGGCAGUUGAAUUUGGUGCCCGCAGUUGGAGCUGGAGACUCUGCUGCUUUCUUGGCGUUUUUGCCCUUCUUGCCUUUCUUUCCACCGGAGCCAGCAAAGUAAUCUUCCUCUUCCUUCUUGACAACCUUCAUGCCUUUGAUACCAGAAUCAUCGACAGUUCUUUGGGCGGUGGCUGUGAAUUGCGAAGGGGCUUGGAGGGGUGCUUUCUCAGAGGUGUACGACGGGUCCAGGAAUCGCAUCAGAGACUCAGCACGACGGAUCUCAUCCAGGUAGGCCUUGUCGCUUGCCUCAGCAAGCAUUUGCUGAGCACGCUCCUUUCUCUUCUCUUGGUGGUACUUGUCGUUCUCCGCCUUCUUGCGCUCCCGGAGUCUUUGACGAGCUUCAAAUUCGUACUUCUGGAUCGCACGGUUUUGUUGGAAGUAGUCGUCCUUGAUCUUCUUGAUCGCACCGUACUUCUCUUGUUGCUCAUUUUGCAACUUUGUACGUUCGUCCCGGAGAGUGUUGAUGCUCUUGAAUGCAUCAUCUUGCUCAGCCUUAAUUGUAUCAAGCUCGCCCUGGAUCUUGUUGUAUUUCUCAGACAGGGCCUUAGACUCAGGAUCUUCCAGUUGGUCGCGAAGAGCUUGAAGCUUCUUCUUCUUUUCAUCGAUUUGCUUCUGACUGUCCUCAAAGCCAGCGAAACCCUUACGUUGUUUGCGCAGGUUCGAGACCUCAGCCAAAUUCUUCUUCUCCUCGACGAUCUUCAUAUUACCGCUGUCGACCUGCUUCUGCAAUCGGUCGAUCUCACGAUCCAGUUCAUCGACAUUCUUAUAGUUAACUCUACUGCGAGCUACUUUUUGCUGAGCGAUAAGGUCCUUAAUCUUUUGGUCCUCCGAUUUUAUCUCGUCGAAGAUCUUGUUACGACCGGCCUUUCCUGCACCUUGCUUCUCACGGAUUUCCUUCAAUUGGGCGAGAAGUUCAGCGCGACGCUUAGCAGACGGGGAAUCUUUAUUUUGAGGCUUUGCGAGGUCAAGCUUGCCCUUAAUUUCCGCCUAUAAUGUCCACGUUAGUGAAUGACAAUGCAGGUUGCCGAUGAUAAAUGAUUGCUGCGCAGGCGCAUUUUCG